GGGAAUUUCCAAAUUCAUCCUAUCGACCAAAGUACAAUUGUUCACUUCAAUAUAUGUUACAAAGUUAAUUCGCACACUGCAUAAAUAAGUAUAUAAUUAUUUGGAAACUUAGUCUCGUGCUACUUAAUAACAAUUUAAAACUUGAGGUGAAAUUUAAGUGUUUUGUAAUAUCUGUGGUUAAUAUCUAAUCAAGCUUUGUGAAUGCAAUAUCUUCAAAAAUAGUGUGCACAUUUAAACAUGGUUUAGAAUACAUGUUUGUUUCAAACCAUGGACAAUCCGCUUUAUAGAGAAAAUAUUGAUUCUGAACUUGAGGAACCACAUGGUAAUAACACUGUAGAAUCUAUGACCAUGUUCGACCGUGUGCUUAAAAAGGAAUCAUUCUGUUCUAAAUAUCGUUCGUUUCUGUGCGUUGUUGGUGGUUUGAUAGUUGGUUGUUUUCUUACUGUUGGAUUUUGUUAUCUCUUCUUUAAUCUAGGAAAUAAACAAAACUGCAGUAAUGUUCAAUCAAGUGUUGGUGCAAGUAAACAGGACGACAAUCAAAUUUCCCGAAUGGUUGAAGACGUGAACAAGACUAAAGAAGAUCUCAUGGUUAUUCACGAUAUGAGAAAAGAAUUGGUAGACUAUCUCAAGGAUAUUAAAAACACUACUCGUAAAGAACUUUUGAUAGUGAAGACGUCUUUUGAUUCGACUUUGGAUCUACUUAAUGAGAUACGUCAGACAAGUGAACAGGAGCUUUCAAAAAUAAAGGAAACUAGAAACAUAGCGUGGGAAUUUUAUGCAGAAUUCCGAAAUAAAAGUAAAAAUGAGCAAUUAAGCAAGACACAAUCAACAAACCAGUUGUUGGAAUUUCGUACAGAAAUGCGAAACAUGAAUUUUAAUGAAACAAGAAUCCUACAAGAGUGGAGAAAUGAAAGUAAGAUACACUAUCAAGAGUUUCGGAGAAAAAGUAAACAAGAUCUUAUGUCCUUUCAGAAAAUGAGAUACGAAAUAUUGAAAGUCCUAGCAGCUACUGACAUGUGUGUGCGAAACGAAACUUUCAAUAUGACAGAGCCAACACAACCAACAGAUAUUGUAAACACGCGGCGGGAUUGUCUAGCAUGGAAACAGAAUGGUAGCCUGACCGAUGGGGUAUAUAGUAUUAGUCCUGAUGAUAAUACGAUACUAGAUGUAUACUGUGACAUGACAACAGACGGCGGUGGUUGGGUUGUGUUCCAGAGGCGAAUUGAUGGCAGCGAAAAUUUCUUCAGGAACUGGCAGGCGUAUGAAGAUGGUUUUGGAACCAUCCACGGAGAAUUGUGGAUAGGGAAUAAAUACCUGCAUAUCUUAACACAAGUUGAUACAGAGCUGCGCAUCGACUUAGAGGCAUGGGAUGGCCAGAAGAGAUAUGCAAAGUACCCCUCAUUCGAAAUAGGUGAUGCUGAAUCAAAGUAUACUCUAUCUGUUGGUGUAUGCCGUGGAAAUGCUGGUGAUGGUUUAGCUUAUCAUCAUGGACUCAAGUUCAGUACAUUUGAUCAGGAUAAUACACGAACAGGCAGCACAUGCGCUAACAGAAACAAGGGAGCAUGGUGGUAUAAAUCUUGUAGUCACUCAUCUCUGAAUGGGGAAUAUCUCAAGACCAAUGGUGUAGCAGAUCAAAAUAUGGGAAUCAACUGGGAAAAAUUCAAAGGAGACCACUACUCAUUAAAAGGAAGCUCUAUGAUGCUUCGUAGGAAGACAUAAAAGGCGAUAUUUGACCUUGAGGUCCUGCAGUCAUGCAAACUGUGUGUGUGAUUAAAUUAAUUACAUUGUUUCAAUCUUGUAAACCUAUAUUGUUCCUUUUACAAUGUUUUAUAACGUUAUAAGUUAUGCAAUAAAAAAUCGUCAUUUUCA